AUGGCUGCGCAAUGUCAAUGGCAACCCACUAGUAUUUCAACAACAUUGAAGAAAGAUGCUACAUGCAAACAACUUUCAAUUAACAGAGGCAGAAUAACUUUUUGUAAUUGGAGAUCAAAGUACCUGUUCCCUUCUCCAAUGAAUGAACAAUGUUGCACCAGCACAACUACUUCUUUUCCAGUUUCAUCAGCGUCUGCGAGGAAGAUCAAGUCACAAAGAGGAGAUCAUCAAUAUGAAUUAGUGAAUGAGAAUGGAUGGAAAGUCACAAGAAUGAAUGAGACCACUGAACAAGAGAUGAUGAGGGAAGUUGCUGUCGUUCGAGCUAAAGCCUUCUCUCAACCUAUUCCCUUCUCCAAGUACUUGCUCUUUCAGGAUGAACAACUUUCAAGACUUGUAUACAAACUGAAGAAUUAUAAACCAGACAGGUAUGCAUGUUUAGUUGCGGAGGCCUCAACUGACACCCCUGAGGUAAAACAACAAGUUGUAGGAGUGGUUGAUGCUACAGUAAAUAGCGAUGAUGAUGUUCUUCAGUACCUUCCGGGAGGAACAGAGUAUAUCUAUAUUUCUGGGAUUGCUGUAUUGAACAAAUUCAGGAGGCAGAAAGUUGCAACAGCGUUGCUCAAGGCCUGUGAUGUUCUUGCAAGAUUUUGGGGGUUUGAAUAUCUAGUCCUAAGGGUUAACGAGGAUGAUUUUGGUGCUCAACGUUUGUAUACAAAUGCGGGUUAUAAAGUAGUUUCAGGUGAUGCUACAUGCAAGACAAAGUGGAUUGGUCGAAGAAGAAGAGUACUUAUGAUUAAACAGGUCUCACAUGGAUCAGCCUGA